AAACGUUUGCACGGUAGUGCGCAUCAAUUAGAAUUUUCAGGCGCGCACUCGUCCGCGUUGGCUGUGCAGGCUUUUCGAGAUGGCAGAGCAGGUUGAAGAGGAAGUGAUCGAGAUAGACAUGGUGCAGUUGAAGAAGAUGAAGGUGCCAGAACUUCGGAAACAGGCGGCCGAGUUGGGGCUCGAGACCAAGGGAACAAAAGCCGAAAUCCUGUCAAGAAUUGAGAAGUACCUAAAGGAGCAAGAUGAAGAGUUGUUAGAGGAGGAAGAAGAGGAGGAGAGGGAAGAGGGGGAAGAAGAAGAAGAACAAGAAGAAGGGGCUAAAGAUGAGAAAGAAACCGGUGAUAAAGAGGUGGCUCCGCCUCCAAAGAAUGCCACACCCCCUCCAUCAGGUGCCGAGCCAGCUGCAGAGGUCCCUGCACAACCAGCAACAACUGCAGUUGAACCCACAGACGGAGGAGGUGAAACAAAGGAGUUGACUGCCUCAGAGAGAAUGGCGAAAAGAGCCGAGAGGUUUGGUGCUAAUUCCAGCGAGGAGGCCAAAAAGUUAGCCAGAGCUCAGAGGUUUGGUACCAGUCUUGAGAAUGGGUCACGAGCUCCGCCAACUGCAGAGGAGAUGGCGAAGAUACAGAAGAGAGCAGAGAGGUUCGGGGUCAAAGUUGCUCCCUCUCUCACGCAGGUCGAAGAGAGUGAGAAGAAGCAGAAGAGGAAGGAGAGGUUUGGCCUGGCCGUCACUGAUCUGGGUGCAGAGGAACGAAAGAAAGCAAGGUUGGAAAGAUUUGGACAAAGUAUCUGA